AUGGCGAAUACCACGAAAGACCGCCGCGUCCCAAUGCAAGUUCUAUCACUGGGCAUGCCCCGCACCGGCACUGCUUCCAUACGUGAAGCUCUGCGGAUCCUGCUGGAUGAGCCUGUGUACCACGCCUUCGAGCUCUUGGACCAUGUCGACCACUGCCCUCGCUGGGAGGCCGCCAUCACUGCCAAGUUUAGUGAAAAGGACAGAUUGUCGCCUCUCGCGCAGCAGCAGCGGCAGCACCUGGACGAAAUGCUUCCGUUAGGCGACUACGCUGCCGUCACCGACAUGCCUGCCGUCUGUUUCGCCGAAGAGAUGGUCGCGGCGUAUCCGCACGCCAAGGUCAUCCUCGUGGAGCGCGAUAUUGAGAGCUGGUUCCGGAGCUUCGACAGCAUCAUCGCAGCACCCAUGUUCCACCCGGCCAACAACAUCAUCGCUGCCAUAGACCUGUGGUUCCUCGGGCCCGUGGCACGAGUGCACCACAGCUGGAUCCGAGGCUGGUUUGGGGCGCGCACGCUCGAGGAGAUGCGGUCCGGGGCGCGGGGCCACUACCGCGACUACUAUGCCAUGGUGAGAAGGGUCACACCACCCGAGAGGCUGCUUGAGUACGAGCUGGGUUCGGGCUGGGAGCCGUUGUGUGAGUUUCUGGGCAAGCCGGUUCCGGAUGUGCCUUUCCCCAAGGUGAAUGAGUCUGCCGUUAUGGAGGGAAAGUUCACUUCGAUCUUGGCUCGAGCGAGGCGCAGUAUCGCCUACAACUUUGGGGUGUAUGUGUUACCUGCAGCCGUGGCCGCUGGAGGGACAUGGUGGUACUACCGGAGAUAG